CUGUUGUCUUGGAAACGUUCGAGAAUGUUUAAACAAAAGCGAUGUUUAUCCGCCUUUCGAUAUGAAAACCUUUUAUUUUUUUUAAUACCCCUUACUACUUAAUCUAAGUAAACCAGUCGGACACUUUUAUUUAGUUUGAUUUACACGUAGUGGUAAAUUAUUUAUUUAAUAUUUUAUACAUAUCGAAAAAGCGUCGUUUCUGUAAUGUUUUGAAAAUCCUGCGCAUGCGCAGUAAGAGGAUAGGCGUAGUCGUGACGACACAAUAAACAAGGCAUUUAAACGGUGAGAUGUCACGAAAGCGAAACUAGCUGGAAAAUCGAAGCUUCAGUUGAGAGGAAUGUACGGCGUUGCUGAAAGAUGCAGCAUGUCUCUAAAAGGAACAAUAAGCCCCAUGCUAAUGAAGAAGGAGUCAUCUCCUUGAUGUCCAUCAGGACCGGAGGACCAGAGCUAAACUUCACAGAGAUGCUACCUACAGAGAUGAGCGUGAAGAUCUUCAGUGAUCUGGACAUAAGGAGCCUGUGUCGUGCCUCGGUUACCUGCAAGCGUUGGAAAGCGAUCAUCGAGGGCAGCGAUAGCCUGUGGAGGAGCCACUGUCUGGGCAUGCUGGCUGUCUGCCCAAGGGAUGUGAAUGGGGACCGGAGCGACGGACAUUCCUGGAAGUUUGUUCUUUUUUAUAUCCAGGUGACUCUGGUUCGUAAUUACCAGAAGAGCUGCGUGAAGAGAAGAUGGUUGAAAGGUAAGUACAGCAACAUCUGCUGUUUUGAAGAUCUGCCACCAAACAGCAUGUGCUCUCUGGACGUAGAGACAUGGGGGGAAAUCCUGGAGGCGGAGCUGGAGAGAUAAACCCCCGAAUACAAACUUUUACAGUGAUGAUGAACUGCUAUAAGGACUACUGAGCAUUAAUAUGUCUUCUGAAGCACUUGUGUAAAAAUGUAAUUGAUUGUAAUUCAUUUUUUAAAUUAUUUUAAAAUGUAUAAUUUAUUAUGGAAAAUGUUGGCAAGAGAAAUGAUCUUAUUUAUGCAGUUAAUCAGGACAGAGUUUGUUAGAAAAUAAUUGAAUUGUAGAUUCAAUUGUAGCAGAGAUUUAAACAUUUUUAAACAAACUGUGAAUAUGUAUUGUACUGUUCAACAAUCAAUUUCUUUUAUAUCCUGUUGAUCACUAUUAUUAUUAUUAUUAUUAUUAUUAUUAUUAUUAUUAUUAUAAAAAAUAAUGAAAUAUAACCACAACAAUAAUUAAUUAAUUAUUAUAAUUAUUGUUAUUGUUAUUAUUAAUAAUAACAAUAACAACAACAACAAUAAUAAUAAUAAUAAUAAUUAAUUAUUUAUUGUUGUGGUUAUAUUUCAUUAUUUUUUAAAAAUGCAAUACAUUGCCUGUAUGUUCAAUUCUUUAGCUAAUCAUAUCUAAUGUUCAUUCAUUUAUUCAUUCAUUCAUUCUUUCGUUCACUAUACCGCUUAUCUGAACUUCUCGGGUCACGGGGAGCCUGUGCCUAUCUCAGGCGUCAUCGGGCAUCAAGGCAGGAUACACCCUGGACGAAGUGCCAACCCAUCAGAGGGCACACACACACACUCUCAUUCACUCACACACUCACACACUAUGGACAAUUUUCCAGAGAUGCCAAUCAACCUACCAUGCAUGUCUUUGGACCGGGGGAGGAAACCGGAGUACCCGGAGGAAACCCUCGAAGUACGGGGAGAACAUGCAAACUCCACAUACACGAUGCAACCCCCAACACUGGAGGUGUGAGGCGAACAUGCUAACCACAAAGCCACCGUGACCCCCCAUAUCUAAUGUCACUCAUAUUGUUGUGUCAGCUAAAUGCAAAAUAAAAACAAAUACAACACA